AUGUGGAUCAGACUUUUUAUCAUCACAAUCAUCAGUUUUUCUGCAUCCCAAGCUGGUGAGUGUGAGAACAUCCUCUCUGCCUGCAGACAACAUGAUCUCCCAUGGACACGGUGUUAUGAGGAAAAAACUGCAACCUGUGAACUCAGAAGCCGUUUGUCUGGCUUCAGUCGGCGGCACGUGAACGCAUCACAAGAGGUUGAAAUGAAUCCUACACAUCAGCACAGGGCUCACAUCCCAUCCUCGGCUCUCCAACGAGCUGUGUCCACAGUGGAGGUACAAGUGGUGGCCUCCGUGAUCAGCAGCACUUAUUUUAAGCUGAGUCCUCCCCCGAAAAAUAGGCUAAAACAAAUCCACCGCAGAGAAGGCAGCGUGCUUGGGGAGUUGGUCCUGGCAGUGAAGGCAGGAAACAUUUCAGUCAGAAACCUCACAGAACCCAUCAAGUUAAUCUUCAUACACAACAAAGAGAUAAAUAAUGGAACUUGUGUAUUUUGGGAGGAAUCUGCGAUGGAGAAUGAAACGGGUUAUUGGAGCAGCGAAGGCUGCAGAACCAAUAAAACUGGACAGGAAUUUAUUUGCAGCUGCGACCAUCUCAGCUUCUUUGCUGUGCUUGUGAACCCAGACAUAUCAGUGCAAACAACGGAUGCUGGGAAGCUGGGCUACAUCACUUAUAUUGGAUCAGCACUCUCCGUUUUCUUCACAUUCAUCAGCUUGAUCAUCUUUAUUUGUCUGUGUCGGCGGCGUCCUGAGAAGGCCGUAGGUCUGCACAUGCAGCUAACAGGGGCGAUGCUCUGCCUCCACCUCACCUUCCUGCUGUGCAGUUUCUGGGCAUGGCUGCUGCAGGAAAACGAGGACAGCUCAGUUUGCCUGGUUCUGGGUCUCCUUCUACAUUGGUCCCUGCUGGCCACCCUGACCUGGACUGCUCUGGAAGGGUUUCAAAUCUACUUUCUGCUUGUCCGGGUCUUUAACAUCUAUAUCAGGAGAUACCUGCUCAAACUCAGCCUGGUUGGAUGGGGUUUUCCUACACUGAUCGCAGCAAUUUGUGGGAUUUCAGGUGUUUAUGGCAAAUACACUCUGCAACUAAGGGAUGCCAAAAACAGCAAUUCAACAGCGCACAUAUGCUGGAUGAGCAGCAAGUUCCCACAAAAGCAUCUUCUAACCAGCUACAUCACUACCGUGGCCUUCCCUUUCUUGGUGGUGGUGUUUAAUGGAUGCAUGCUGGGGCUGGUGGUGUUUAAGAUGUGGACGAUAAGAAAGGAUGACAGAGACUUUGGCAGCAACAGCGACUGGAAGAAUAUAAACAAAGAGAAAAGAAAGAGGCUGUGGAAGGACAGCGUCACAGUGCUGGGCCUCAGCUGUGUGCUGGGGUUACCGUGGGGGUUAGCCAGCACCACCUACAUUUCACUCGCUGGGAUCUACGUAUUCACAAUAUUCAACUCCCUUCAAGGUGUGUUUGUGUUCCUGUGGUCUGUGGCUUUUGCUCGGAAGUCUUAAUCUGACACUAACGCAUUUGUCAGAAAAUAAUGAGCAGCAGUCCAAAGCCAAGUCAAAUACAUUAUCUAUGACCUAU